AAACUGAAGGGGCAGGCUACUGGGGUGGGGUAGCUUUCGGGAAAGGGAAUAAGGAGCACGAUGCAAGGGCGCUGUGGCCCCGGGGUGAUCUCCCACCACACUUACUGUCUUCCUUUAUCUCUGUGGACUUGUAUAUAUUCUGGAAGGGGAACCACAGUUUCACCAUCGCCCGCCCAUUCUACUACUCAACCCCUCCCCCCCAAGGUAUUUCCAGAACUAAACCCUUCCUUACCCUCUGAUGGGUACACUGAAGCCCCUGCGACACAGAGUAGAUUACACAUGGAGGGAGGGAGAGGGGGCGUGUUGAACAUCCUGCAGUCACAGGGUCAGGGGUCAGGUGGUUGUAGUCUGUGCCUGAAGUCUGUGUUUGUGUUGUCGUGGAGACAAGGCCUUUGAGCCCCACCCUUGUCCUAGAACCUACCCCUCUCAAGGAUGCGCUCUUUAUUUAUACCCUGUCUCUCCCCGCCACCCCACACUUCCCGUGGAAAUUCCCAACUCGGUUCUCAUGGAGGAGUGGGUGGAGACAAGGAGGGAGUAAGUCGUAGGAGUACAAGGUUUUUAUUUUUUUUAACAGUGAUUAAAAUAUUUAUUGGUCAUUUACUUGGCUUCCCGACAACCCGUGUGUUUGCUGGGGACGCGGCACAGAUAGGGGGAAGCCGGAGUAAUGGUUUUCGGGCAAGUGGAUGCUGGAGAGCACACACAGGAGUUGGGGGGCGGGGGAGGGCCUGGGCUUGGGGAGGGCUCGAACUCGGGGCUGCUGGGUAGUCCAGGAGGGCGCGGUAAGGCUGGGAUGUCCUGGUGAGAACUGGAGAGGAUCUACCCGGGUCCCUGCCUGGCCAGUGGGGAAACACCGGUCCCCCAGGCACCUUCACCUAACCAGAGCGGGGAUUUCCACUGCCCCUCAUGCCGCCCUUUGGAGGAAAGUGAAAGUGAAAGGAGGAAGAGGAGGCUUCAUGGCUGAGGAGGUCGCAGCGCCAUGAAGUCCCUGUCUCUGCUCCUCGCUGUGGCUUUGGGCCUGGCGACCGCCGUCUCGGCAGGACCCGCGGUGAUCGAGUGUUGGUUCGUGGAGGAUGCGAGCGGAAAGGGCCUGGCCAAAAGACCCGGUGCACUGCUGUUGCGCCAGGGACCGGGGGAACCGCCGCCCCGGCCGGACCUCGACCCUGAGCUCUACCUCAAUGUACACGACCCCGCGGGCGCCCUCCAGGCUGCCUUCAGGCGGUAUCCCCGGGGCGCCCCCGCACCACACUGCGAGAUGAGCCGCUUCGUGCCUCUCCCCGCCUCUGCGAAAUGGGCCAGCGGCCUGACCCCGGCGCAGAACUGCCCGCGGGCCCUGGAUGGGGCUUGGCUGAUGGUCAGCAUAUCCAGCCCAGUCCUCAGCCUCUCCAGCCUCUUGCGACCACAGCCAGAGACUCAGCAGGAGCCUGUUCUCAUCACCAUGGCAACAGUGGUACUGACUGUCCUCACCCACACCCCUGCCCCUCGAGUGAGACUGGGACAAGAUGCUCUGCUGGACUUGAGCUUUGCCUACAUGCCCCCAACCUCCGAGGCCGCCUCAUCUCUGGCUCCGGGUCCCCCUCCCUUUGGGCUAGAGUGGCGACGCCAGCACCUGGGUAAGGGACAUCUGCUCCUGGCUGCAACUCCUGGGCUGAAUGGCCGGAUGCCAGCAGCCCAAGAAGGGGCCGUGGCAUUUGCUGCUUGGGAUGAUGAUGAGCCAUGGGGCCCAUGGACCGGAAAUGGGACCUUCUGGCUGCCUAGAGUUCAACCCUUUCAGGAGGGCACCUAUCUGGCCACCAUACACCUGCCAUACCUGCAAGGACAGGUCACCCUGGAGCUUGCUGUGUACAAACCCCCCAAAGUGUCCCUGAUGCCAGCAACCCUUGCACGGGCCGCCCCAGGGGAGGCACCCCCGGAAUUGCUCUGCCUUGUGUCCCACUUCUACCCUUCUGGGGGCCUGGAGGUGGAGUGGGAACUCCGGGGUGGCCCAGGGGGCCGCUCUCAGAAGGCCGAGGGGCAGAGGUGGCUCUCGGCCCUGCGCCACCAUUCCGAUGGCUCUGUCAGCCUCUCUGGGCACUUGCAGCCGCCCCCAGUCACCACUGAGCAGCAUGGGGCACGCUAUGCCUGUCGAAUUCACCAUCCCAGCCUGCCUGCCUCGGGGCGCAGCGCUGAGGUCACCCUGGAGGUAGCAGGUCUUUCAGGGCCCUCCCUUGAGGACAGCGUAGGCCUUUUCCUGUCUGCCUUUCUUCUGCUCGGGCUCUUCAAGGCACUGGGCUGGGCUGCAUCCCAUCCCUUCUCAAUCUUUCCCCACAGCUGUCUACCUGUCCACCUGCAAGGAUUCAAAGAAGAAAGCAGAGUGAGGGCACUCACUGCCAUCCUGUGGAAGCCACCAUCAUCUCUGGCCCAAGCUUCUGUAGUAGCUCCCUAAAAUAAUACCCUAUCAUCUGCUCCUAAUCCCUCCAAUCUCUCUCCACUGAGUGGCUGGAAUGCUUUUUUUUUUUUUCCUUUCACUUAUACAAGGGAGAAUUUUUCUUUUUUUUUUUUUUCUUUCACUUAUACAAGGGAGAAUUUUUCUUUUUUUUUUUUUUUUGAGACGGAGUCUCACUCUUUCCCCCAGGCUGCAGUGCAGUGGCGCGAUCUCGGCUCACUGCAAGCUCCGCCUGCCGGGUUCACGCGAUUCUCCUGCCUCAGCCUCCCAAGUAGCUGGGACUACAGGGGCCCGCCACCACGCCCGGCUAACUUUUUGUGUUUUUAGUAGAGACGUGGUUUCACCGUGUUAGCCAGGAUGGUCUCGAUCUCCUGACCUUGUGAUCUACCCGUCUCGGCCUCCCAAAGUGCUGGGAUUACAGGCGUGAGCCACCGCGCCCGGCGGCGAAACACGAUAUUGUACUAACAUCUUAAUUUUGUUAUAAAAUCUCACAAACCCCCUGACAUAGUCUCAGCGAUCUGUAGGGCCGAGGUUACAUUUGGAGAACCCGUACUCUAGGGCCAAAUCCAUUCUUCUUGCCCUGGCUCACUUGUCCCCCCCACCGCCCCGCGCUGGAGCCACUGCCUAGUUCUCCAGCCCUAGAUGGUGCUCGCCAGCCCUCCUCUCAAUGCUCAUCACACACAGGGUCAUUCCUUUCCUCCAAUGAACCAAACGCCUCCCGCCCACCUCCAGGUCCCAGUCCUCUGUUCCCUUUGCCUGGUCCACCCUUGCCCUCCCUGGGUCGCAGACGAGGUCGGCCUCGUCAUUCCCCGCAGACCGCCGCGCGUCCCUCUUGUGCGGUUCACCACAGUUGUAUUUAAGUGAUCGUGUGAGUCGUCGUUAAAUGCCUGUCUCCCCGCGGAUCAUGGGCUCCUCGAGGACAGGGACCGGCCUGUCUGUCCACUGCUGUAACCCCGCGCCGGCACAGCGACCUAAGGCCCACUGGAGGGCGCUCAUCAAGUAGCUGGUGGAUGUUGACGAAGGAAGCGGCGGCGCAGCUCAGGGAUCUCCGAGUCAGGACGGUCGGCCAGACCGACGGGGUAACGGGUCUAAUCGUGUAGGAAUAAAGCUGUAUUCCAGUGCUUCCAAA